UACGAAGUGGUGUAAAAUGCUAAUGCGAUUGAAAAUUCUUAAACUAUGGGAUAUUAUUUUAUUUUUUAUUGUAUACUGACAUUGAGCUGUUAAGUCAAUUAAAUAUGCCUUCGAAGACACCUAAGAAGGUCGUCGGGAUGAUCAUAAGAAGCAGGAAACCAAUUUUAAAAGACAGUGUUAUGACGAGCUCUGGGAUUGGAGAACCAAGUGUGUAUCAUGCUUUGGUGGUUAUUUUCCUGGAGUUCUUCGCCUGGGGCCUCUUGACAAUGCCCAUUAUUUCCACCCUCAAUGACACAUUUCCUGACCAUACAUUCCUGAUGAACGGACUCAUAAUGGGAAUCAAAGGACUAUUAUCAUUCCUGAGCGCUCCUCUGAUUGGGGCCCUCUCAGAUGUCUGGGGUCGCAAGUUUUUUCUACUCAUCACCGUCUUCUUCACCUGUGCACCUAUACCUCUUAUGACUAUUAACACUUGGUGGUUCUUUGCCAUGAUCAGCAUCUCUGGUGUUUUUGCUGUCACAUUUUCUGUUGUGUUUGCGUACGUUGCUGAUGUUACGGAAGAACACGAACGAAGCUUAGCCUAUGGACUGGUAUCUGCCACCUUUGCAGCCAGUAUGGUAAUCAGUCCUGCUCUAGGGGCCUAUCUCAUGGAUGCCUAUAGUGAGAACGUGGUGGUCGCACUGGCAACGGCCAUUGCUCUUCUCGAUGUUUUCUUCAUUCUAGUCGCAGUACCGGAGAGUCUUCCGGAGAAAAUCAGACCACACUCUUGGGGGGCCCCGAUAUCCUGGGAGCAGGCAGACCCGUUUGCCUCCCUCAGAAAGGUUGGCAAGGACCACACAAUCCUCAUGUUGUGUGUUACUGUGUUCCUGUCUUACUUACCUGAAGCUGGUCAGUAUUCUUGCAUCUUCGUAUAUCUCAAACUGGUGAUGGGGUUCAGUGUUGUGAUGGUGGCAGUGUUCAUUGCCGUGGUAGGCAUUCUCUCAGUGUGUGCCCAGAUAGUGCUGGGUAUAUUGAUGCGCUCACUGGGCAGCAAACACACCAUCAUGGUGGGACUACUGUUCGAAAUGCUACAACUCAUGUGGUACGGCUUUGGCUCACAAACAUGGAUGAUGUGGGCCGCAGGACUGCUAGCGUCAAUUUCCAGCAUCACGUAUCCAGCCAUCAGUGCAUUCGUGUCCAUGCAUUCUGAUGCUGACAAACAGGGGCUGGUGCAAGGCAUGGUGACAGGCAUGAGAGGUCUGUGUAAUGGUCUGGGCCCUGCCAUGUUUGGUGUUAUAUUCUACCUGUUCCACGUGGACCUAAACGAGGACCCGAGACAGAGUAGGGAUGACCGAGGGGAUAACAACACCUUCGGACAUCCGGACGCCAUGCCUCAGUGGCCUAAAGGAGAAAUUGCCAAACAGCUGGUACCAGGGCCGCCGUUUGUGUUUGGCGCACUACUGGUCAUCUGUGCUCUUCUAGUCGCUGCCUUCAUACCAGAAGGUGCAGGAGUGGGGACAAGCUUACGAACCACCUCCAGGAGACAGUCUGACUAUUCUCUUCUAAGUCGGCCACCAGAAAAUGCCAGACUCUUGGUGGAGGUUUCAGACUAACCCAGGCAGAUUUCAGGGGGUACUGUACUAAGUUGCAGGUCUGUCCAUGGAGGUGCAUUAUGAGAUGGAGAGGAGCAAGAAGCACGAUGGUAUGAGUCAGAUGUCACCUUUAGUAGACAACAGCCUGCUCUAACCUCCUUCUGUUACCAUGUGAUCUAGUGUUACAUACGUUACGUUAGUAUUAAUUGUAAGAUAUGCGGCUGAUCAUCCCACCACUGCUGCUAUUGCUGCGAUACCAAAGCGUUAAUUUAGUUGUAGAUAGAUUUCCUCAGCUAAGGUUGUGUGGACUUAACAGUGUACAAAGUAGGCUAAGGAAUAAACGAGUCUUGAACUUAGCUGCAAGUUUGUCUGUGUGGUGUGUAAAUGAGCAUUUCUCCGUUGUUUUUUAUUAUUGUUAUUGUUGAAGUUGUCAGUUUUGGGAUGUAUUUACAUUUAGUCACUUGGCAACUUGAUCUCUCAUGUUUCCAUUUAGGUUUGUUUUACUAUGAUCAUCAACAGUACUGUACUGUUUUAUUAUAAUGUAUCUAAUUUACAUUUAUAUACAUCUUUUUAUACCUUGACUUGGUCAAAUUGUAACAAUAUUGAAAAGUUUAUACAGGCUUUAGGUUUAGUUUGCAUAUUUUUCCUUGCAGUAUAUUUGCUGUUUACUGUUGGGUAAAUAUUUCUUUGUUUUAAUAAGAUCCAGUAAAGUAUUUUAGUUGAGUAUUUUGAUUUAAAAAUCAAUAUCAGUUGUCCUGUGAAUGAUUGUACUAUAAGAUUGUUAUGUUGUAGAGUAUAGUUUGUUAACUUGUUAUUUGUGGACAUUCCAAAACAUCUACUGUAUAGUCAUUUUGUACGCUUUUACCUCAUAAAUUAGAAGGUAUGUUGUAUUGUCUAGAAAAAGUAAUUUCUGCAAUCACAUAUUUUAAAUUUUGUAUACAUCAUUAAGUAGCACCAAAUACACAAUUUUCAAUCCUUCCUUCAAUGGAAUAUCGUAGUAGAAAUUAUUUUCCAGAUAUGAUAAUCUCAACUUAGCUUGAGCUAGGGAGAAUUCCUAAACAUUAGUGAAAAAUCUAAGUAUCAGUACAACAAUUUUAUAUAGCACAUUAGUACAAAAUUGUUAAAAACUAAAUUUUGCCCUCCUUUUGUCUUUGAAAUCACCAAUCGGUAACUUUAGACUUCAUUCUAUAAAGGUUUAAUUCAGAUUACUGUAAUAUAAUAGCAUUUUAGCUUUUGAUAUUAUUGUGUAUCCCAAGCACAGAUUAUUGGUUUGAAACUGGGCCCAGCUGUCCUUCAUUCUCUUUCUUUUUACACGGAUUCAACAGCUCCCAUUCUUUGUCUCAUCUGGUCCGCAUGUUUCCUUUUUAUAACACCUCCACAAAGUACAUCAUAUGAGUACAGUCCAUUUUUAUUUUUCACCAUUCCAGCUGACCAACCAUUCCCAUGUUCAUUCUUAAUCCACACAUCUUCUCCUUCCUCAAAAAUUCGAACUUUUUUGUUGUCCCUCCCUUGUUCUUUCCAAAGCUUCAUCUCCAUUAGGCUUGAAUGAUUCUUGCUAUGGAUCAGUAACAAAGCUACCAAAUGAGAUACCCACUCCAUUUUACACUCGUCCAUCAUUCAUAUUCACCUUAAAAUGUGUAGGCCUAGCAAAAAAAAAUCGUCUUAGUGAAGCGACGAGUAAUUGUAAUCCAAUUGAUGAGUGAUUAACAAUUGAUUUGUCAUCCUUAUGGAUCAGCUGAAGAGAAUUUCUAAGUAUGUUUCUAUCUGGUUUGUUGUGUGUAUUUUUGGUGUGGACUAUUUAUUUCUCAUCAAUUUUAAAUUGGUUUUUACAUGAUAAAACCGUUAAUUUUCAAACUACUUCUUGUUGUCUGGUCAAAACAAAUAACCAAUAAUUGGAGGUUUAAAAUUCAUCCUGCAGUAAAAAAAUGUAUAGUCAACAACAAACUAUUGAAAAGAAAUCAGACUUUCUUGAAACACACACAAAAAGGCUUCAGUUUUUACAAUUGUUUGAGAAGUCUAUUUGCAGUAUCCAUUCAUUCCUUUGGUGUAAAAUAGUGUUUUUGUUUGUUAAAUCUUGGGUUUCAAUGAAUGCACAUAUUCUGUAACGACAAUAUUAAGUCUGAACUGUCAUUGUAAGGCCUAAUGCGUGUUUACAAAAUUGUAAUUCUUUUAACUAGAAUUUUUAUAUUUGUAAGCUUAACAGUUUCUAUAUUAUGGAGUUAACUACAUUUCCUUAUGUGAAAUCAAUAAUUGUAAAAUAUGUAAAUUAAAUUGUAAUAUUAUGUAUAUACAAUGUUAUAGUAUUUAUGUUUGAAAUGUGGAACUACCUUUACACUUUAAUGUUACUUAAUUUAUUUGAGUAAAUAGGUGACAGGAGUCGAUAUUCCCUUUCAAAUUUUAUUAGCUGCAGUCUGAGUCUGACCUUAUACGUUUUGAAAUUCCAUAAUUCCAUUCUAAAUAUCCAUUAUAAGUAGCUUAAACAAUAUACCUUAGAGUCUCAACUAUUAUUAUGUAUAUUGUUUUGUCAUAUUUUUACUGUUAGAAAAGUGCUGUUGUUAUUUUGACGGUUUCCUUAUUUUCUUUGUUUAUGAUGAUGACUUAAAAUAAAAAUUUAAAAAAAUGUUUAUUUCAAUGGAAGAUUAUCUUUAAGCCUGAUACAGGUUUGAUAGUGGAGAAACUAUUAAUUUAUUUAAUGGUAUUUAACAUGAUGAUAUAUUGGUUUUUUAUUAUUAUUUGAGCCUUCCGGACUUUGCAGCGGCCGAUUUAGGUCAAAUAAUUGAGACUCUACUGUCAUACUGAUAUUUUUUGAACUAGGAAUGUACACUGUGGUAACUAAUGAUACUAGGAUUCAGAAAACAGUUUGGUAUAUAGUUAUUAGUUAACUAGGUGUCCAUUAAAUUCUAACACAUUAGUCGUAAUCCGUGUAAUUUAUUGAGGUGUAUUCAAACAAUUUAUUUUGUUUGAUAUUGCAUUCUACAGUAUAGAGUAUUUAUAUGAUGUAUGUGAGGGAUUUUUGUAUAUUAACUUCUUCAAAAUCAAAUACCUGUUUUUUACAUGGAGUGGAAUUAUGAAAUAUGAACUAGCUUUCCUUAGUUUUGACCUACCAAAUUAGUUGUGUCUUUCACUUAAAAUCUUUGUUAUAUAUAAAUGAAAACAAAGUGCUCCUUUAGCUGAUACUGACAUUUAGAGUAUAAACAAGUCUUUUAUCACAUUUCUGAAAUAAGUUAUGGUUGGAUGUUAGUAAUCAAAAUUAAAUUGCCUCCAGAAUCACAAAAUUGAGUAACAACAAUAACUCUGUCAAUAAAAUCUUGCUCAAUAUCAGAGUACGACCCAUAUAUAAUUAACGAGUUCUAUUACAUACAGUACCUAUUAAAACGUUGAUUUGCCUAAGAAGAUAAUACAUCUGCAAAUGAAUAAAAUUACAUUAAUAAUCUGUUCUUAUGAAUAUCAGAAUAUGGAGAAAAUCAAAUUAGUUCAUAAAAUUAUUUUAGAUUGUGGUGGUGCAAGAAACCCCCUUUGGUGUUAAUUUGGUUCAAAGUAUCUCAAGAUUCAGCAAAUUUAAAAGGUUAUACAUCACUGAGAUAUUUAUCAUGCCCUUAUUGAUAACUGUCUUAUUCAGUAUUGGUAUAAUAUUCUGGGCUUUACUAUCUCUAUACCUCAGCAUUAGCUAGCAUUUUUAAUGGCAUUCAAAUAUUAACAAGGUUAAGUUUAGCUGAUAAUGAAGUUGAAGAUCCUUUUUGGUAACACUACGAAUCUACAGAAAUCAAUUAAAUGAAUACAUAAUUUUGUAGUAUACCUAAUUUUUAUUAUCAACCAAACAUUAUGGUGAUAAAAUCUGGUGAAAUCUUAAACACAUAAUUGUGAUUUUUCAGCUUAAGACUGAUUAUUUUAACAGACAUUUUAUUAUGUUUUCUACCUAAUAGGCUUACUUUUUUGUCACAACAAUGACCUAAUAUUGUUUCCUGUGAUCAAGGUUCUUAAUGUUCAACAAUACUAUCUUGACAUAAAUAAACACAACUGUUGAAGUAUCUUUAGAAUAGUUUUACGUGUGUUAACAAUGAAAGAUUUAUUGUAAAAUCAUAUUAAAAACCAUACAGAGUAAUGUUACAAAAUGAACCGUCAGAUUUAUGGGAUUGUUGUGUACUGUAGUUUGUUUGAUAAUCGAAAUACCAUUACUUCUUGUUCACUUGGCUUGGAGCCACGUUUCUUCUCUACAGCUGACUAAUUAGCUGUUAGCACUUGUGAUCACGAAUAUUACUGAUAGAGUUUAAUAAAUUUAUUUUAAAUAAU